AUGUCAGCAGGAGAUAGAAAAGAAAUCAAAGUCGGUAUCUUAGGUGCUACAGGUACCGUUGGACAAAGAUUUAUCCAACUCCUAUCAUCUCACCCAUACUUCAAGAUCCACGCUUUGGGAGCAUCAUCCAGAUCAGCAGGUCAACAAUAUGGUAAAAUCACCAAAUGGAAAUUGAACACUCCCAUACCGGAAAAUAUCAAAUCUAUGAUAGUGCAAGAAUGUAAACCUACUUCAGGAGGUUUCAGUGAAUGUGGUGUUGUUUUCAGUGGUUUAGAUGCUGAUGUUGCUGGUGAAAUUGAGGAGGCAUUUCGAUCUGCUGAACUCAUCAUCUUCUCCAACUCUAAAAACUAUAGAAGAGAUCCAUUAUGUCCCUUAAUAGUCCCACUUGUCAAUCCAUCACAUCUAUCUAUCAUUCCUCACCAGAAGAAGUCACUUGGGCUUGAAAAAGGUUAUAUAGUCACCAACGCCAAUUGUUCCACGACCGGAUUAGUCGUUCCUCUCGCUGCAUUGGAGAAAGCUUUCGGUCCAUUAGAAACAGUAAUGGUCACCACAUUACAAGCUAUCUCAGGUGCAGGUUAUCCAGGUGUAUCAUCUUUGGAUAUAUUAGAUAAUGUCGUUCCUCAUAUAUCAGGUGAAGAAGAAAAAAUCGAAUGGGAGACAAAUAAGAUCUUAGGUGGAUUAAACUCAAACAACGAAUCAUUCAAUUUACAUUCUGACGAAAAAGAAAAUCUAAAACCUAUAAACGUUUCCGCUACUACAACAAGAGUACCUGUUAUAGAUGGACACACAGGUGUCGUCAACGUCAAGUUCAAUUCUAGUCGACCUAAACCCAGCAUCGAAGAAAUCGAAAAAGCUUUUAGAGAAUUUAAAUGUGAGGCACAAGAAUUAAAUGUACCUUCAGCACCUGAACAAGCUAUUGUCGUACAUGAUUUACCUGAUAGACCUCAACCUAGAUUAGAUAGAGAUUUACAUAAUGGUGCAUGUGUCUCUGUUGGAAGAAUUAGACCAUGUCCUGUCUUUGACGUCAAAUUCGUUUGUCUCAUUGAUAAUGUCAGAUUAGGUGCCGCUACAAGUAGUAUUAUGAAUGCCGAGAUAGCUGUGGAGAAGGGGUUGAUCGUUUAG